GAGAACUGGACCUGAGCUUCAAUCAUCCAGGAGACUCAGGAGAGAAGCUAAUGUCUGCUGAACUGAAGAGUCCUCACUGGAGACUGGACACUCUCAGGAUGGACCAUGCUGGAGAGCAGAGGUUAAAACCUGGUGUCAGGAAGUAUUCAUGUGAACUGGAACUGGACACAAACACAAUGAACAGAGAACUCAAACUGUCUCACGACAACAGGAAAGUGACCCGUGUGACAGAAGAUCAGUCGUAUCCUGAUCAUCCAGACAGAUUUAAGUUCUUUCCUCAGCUGCUGUGUAGACCUGGUCUGACUGGUCGCUGUUACUGGGAGGUCGAGUGGAGAGGAAGAGUUUAUAUAUCACUGAGUUACAGAGGAAUCAAGAGGAAAGGCAUCGGUUCUGACUGUUUGUUUGGACAUAAUGAUCAGUCCUGGAGUCUGUUCUGCUCUGAUGAUCAUAGUUACUCUGUCCGUCACUGUGGGACACAAAGUCCCAUCAUGUCCUCUGUCUCUCACAGAGUAUCAGUGUAUGUGGACUGUCCUGCUGGGAUUCUGUCCUUCUACAGCGUCUCCUCUGACUCACUGAUCCACCUCCACACAUUCAGGACCACAUUCACUGAACCGGUUUAUCCUGGGUUCCUGGUCUGGCCUGGUUCCUCAGUGUCUCUGUGUCCUCUGUAGGACAUGAAGAGACAGCAGCUUCAGUGGUGGACGAGGUCAAAGCUCAAAUAAUAUAAAAUAAAAUUCAAGGUUUUUAAUCAAAUAGAAAACAAAGUAAAUAAAGAUGGUAAGAGUUUGACUCUUUUUCUGAAGAACAUCAUCUUCUCAUGGAGCCUUUCUGUCCCAGCAUGCACUGCUUCUCCUCCUCCUCCUCUUCAUGCUGCCUGACAACAGCGCCCCCUGCUGCAUGUGAGCAGAACAACACUCAGAGUUACGCACACACACACACACACAUGGAAAAUGAAACACACAUGAGCAGAUUAUGCCAUGAAUGAGGAAGUGUGGUUUCUGCUGUGAUGCAGGUGAAACUGAGUGUGCGUGACCUCAGGAUGACCUCUGUCCUCCUGCUACUCUGUGAACGACAGCGAAGAACGUGUCCACAGUGACAGGAAACUCAUGACACUCAGAGGGUUUUUGCACUUUCCAA